CUUUCCAGUUUCACUGAUGUAAACAAACAAAGUUAUUCACGUUUUUUAUUUGAUCCGGGGCUUUAAUUUCUUUUCGCUCAGCAACUUAAAACCUCAAAUAACUUGAAUUGGAUUAUAACUUUAUUUGAAUUUUUAUUACAGCCAUGUCGAGAAUUAUUAAAACAGCGAAAAUGAUACGUCGUAACUGGAAAAAAUCUACUUUUCUUUUCGGAGUUUUAGCUUAUGGAACAUCUUAUUUAGUUGAAAGAUAUCGGACAUUUGAAAUGAUGCGAGCUUAUUGUGAAGAAGCAAAGAUAUAUGGAGAAAAACCUUUACCUCAAACUAUGAAGCCUAAGCAUGUUACAGUAAUUUUAAAUCCUGAAGCUAAUUACAAAAAAGCAAAUAUCCAGUUUGAAAAAUUUGCUGCACCUUUACUUCAUUUAGCAGGAAUUAAAGUUAGUAUUUUUCAGACAGAAAAAGAAAAACAAGCCCAGGAAUUAAUGCGGAUAAUGUCUAAUACUGAUGCUGUAAUUAUAGCUGGAGGUGAUGGAACAGUGCAAGAAGCUAUUACUGGAUUAUUAAGACGACCAACAUUUGAGGAAGAAAACUUACCUGUAGGAAUAAUUCCCCUUGGCAAAACAAAUGCUGUUGCACAAUAUUUAUUUGGAUCUAAAUCAUCUUCCCGUGCACAGUUAAUGGCUGAAGCAGCAAUGGCUGUUAUUCGAGAAACCACUACUAAUAUGGAUGUUUUGAAAGUGCAGUUUUCAGAUGAGAAACAUCCUGUUUAUGGAAUGAUUGACUUUGAACAAGGGCUUUUUGGAGACAUUGAGCCUUUAGUUGAAAAGUAUUGGUAUCUUGGUUUUCUGAAAGACAAAUAUACUUACAUGAGAAAUUCCUCUAAAGACUGGAAACCUAUUGUAAAUGAUAGUUUGGAAUAUGUGGCUCCAUGUUCUGGUUGCUCAAAAUGUUAUAUUCCUCCCAAAAAGAAAGAUCCUCCUCCAAAGUCUUCCAGGUGGUGGCAAGUAUUUGUACCUAGGCAAACUGAUAAUAAAGCUUCAUCUGAUAUUGACAAAAUGGAUGAAUUAAAAGCAAGUAGAAUCAAUGAAGAUUGUGGAAAGCAUAUUUUACUACCUUCUGGAUAUAGCAACAUUACAAUUUCAACUCCUGCUGCUGAUUCCAAGGCCUCAGCAAAAUCUGGCUCUCUAUACAUUAAAAUCUUUCCAGAAAAUUUAUCAAAAAUGCAGAUAAUCUCUUCUGGUCUCAGUCAUCGAAAAUCCAAGUUGCAGGAUGAUAGUGGAGUAGCAACAGUUGUAGAAGCCAGACAACUAAUUAUCAAUGCUGCUGGUUCUAUGAAUGAUUCUAAUGACGAUACACCAGCAUCAGUUGACUCAUCUGAUCUAGUAUCUUCAGAGCAGACACAAUCUGUUCCUUCAACUCCUAAUGACUCUGUAGAAAUAAUAUCAUCAGAUCAAAGUGGAUCAACUUCAUUGCCCAACAACUCAGUUGUUGCUGCUUCUCUAGAAUCAAAGGAUCCAGAUUCUCCAGUAUCAUCUGCUUCUACAAAUGGGGAACUAUCUACCCUAAGUGACUCUGAAACUUCAUCAAUUCCUGAAGCCACUACUCCACUAGAAGUAGCAGAGAAAAUUGACUCAGAAGAACCAUCUGCAGUAUCAAAGAUAGAAAAACCUGUGGAAGAUGUACAAAAUGAGGCUUUCAGCUAUAUUGAUAAAGAAAAAUACAAACGGACAUCUUGUAUCAUAUCUAUAUUGCCAAAAAAAGUAACUGUAUAUGCAUAAAUCUGUAAAUAGUUUUUGUAAAUAUGAAUAAAAAUUGUUUUGAUAUAAA